UUUUAUAAUUAUUAUUGGUUGUGGCUGUGGGAAUGACUUGCGAUGACGUUUUAUAUGGGAGCAACUUACUUUCAUUUUUGCUAUGGUACAAACCGACUUACUUUUAUUUUAACAAUUUCUUAAAACAAAGUAUUCAAAAGUGUGUGUAAAGACACCUGAUACGUGUUUGAGUUAGUGGGUUCAUUCGUAGCCUGAUUUUUUUCCUUUAGACUCAUUAUUCUCUUAUUUUCAUCGACUUUGUCUAAAACGUACGAAUAGUCUGAGGACAAUUACAAUAAAAUUACCGUGUCAAUUAAAAAAAAAAAACAAUUAAGUUUGUUUUCUGCAGGUUUUAGACUCCAAGUAUUGAAGGGAUUUUUCAAAAAAUCUGAUAUAAUGCAAAAUUUUGCUAUACAAAUAAACAAACCCUGAGCGUUUCAGUACGAUCGGAGAACCCUGAUAACUCUUCGUAGUACUGAAACAUUAUUUGUUCCCAUUUCACUAGCUUCUCAAUUACAAAAAAUGUCUGAAAAAAAAAUUGCUCCAGACCCGCCGAUAGAACAUUUUAAUUUUGGUAGCGUUUUAACCCUGAUUAUCUUAAUCAUAUUUUAAUAUCCGUAAAAGGAUAACCAUGCGUCAAAUCGACUGGAGACUUUUGCUGAAAGCGAGGAGUCAAAUUGAUGCAGAUUAUCUCUCCAGGGUUGAAUACGACACCUUAAGCUUCCGAAUGACGAGUGUUGAAGCGUUACUUUUUUUUGUAUGAGAUUCUCCGCCAGAGGUACCGUGACAUUUGUUUGCACUUGACAAAUCAUUGACAACAUGCCGCAGAGUAAACAAUUAAUGUUCUUGCUGCAGAUAUAAAAAUUCAGCAGAAAUCAGCAAAACUUUUUAAAAUUACUAUCAAUACAUGCUCAUUUUCAUAACUUAACUACUUCAAUAAUUAAUUUCUAUAACUGAACAUCGUUCUAUUUCGUUAUUUCUAGCUCAUUUCAUAAAUUCCCAAGUUUUCAUAUAUAACGAUAGUUUAUCAUAUGACUAACAUUAAUUUUAACAGUUUCUCAUCCACUGCAAUUUUGUCUUACCAGUAUGAAGAACUGUACGACUACCACACGUACCACCAAAGUUCAUUGAACCUGACAACAUUGAUCGUUGCUGACACAAUCAACCGUAUCUAGGUCAAACAGAAGCGUUAUCAAAUUCCUGUGAAGGGGUAACUUAUACAGAAGUGCAUUCCAUUAAAACUUUUCGGCAUUAAUUUUCCUUUCUGCACACGUGUUGCUAUUUUGUUUGCAUUUAUGCGACUUUCACUAAUGGCUUUUCAUCCUAGCAACCAGAAAUCGUUCGGUAACCGAAGUGAUGGAAAGAAGUAAAUUGUUUGUUUGCUUUCUUGCCUUUCCGUGAAGAAUAUCGUGCACGAUAAAGGAAUUUCCUUUACAUUUACUUGUAAUCCUUCAUUAAGAUUCGAAUGGCUGAACGAAACCUCGAGCUUCAAACCACACUAGUUCGUUACAACAAUCCCGUGCUGGUGGUCAAACAUGUCGAAAAGAAAGAAAGUCCGCCUGAUGUGUCAAAGGAGCAAACUGGUCGUCCCGGAUCCGGCGGAGCUGUUAUCGUGGACAGUCCGCGCGAGACAGAAGAAAUACUCAACUGUAUUCUUCCUCCUAAAACAUGGGAAGAGGAUGGACAACUGUGGACACAAACGGUUUCUAGCACACCUGCCACCCGACAGGAUGUUAUCAAUCUCCAAGAAAUGCUAGAUACCAGGCUCCAGCAAACGCAAGCUCGUGAGACAGGCAUUUGUCCCGUUCGCAGGGAGUUAUAUACGCAAUGCUUCGAUGAGCUGAUCAGGCAGGUUACGAUCAAUUGCACAGAACGAGGCUUGUUAUUGCUAAGAGUGCGAGAUGAGAUAGCCAUGUCAAUGGAAGCAUACGAGACUCUUUAUUGUAGUUCGGUUUCGUUUGGUAUUCGAAAGGCUUUGCAAGCCCAGGAGGGCAAGGAAAAACUGCAGGAAAGGAUCAUACUGCUGGAGAAAGAAAAAGAAACUUUAGAAAACUCUAUCAGUGACAUGAAGAUAAAAGGUGAUCAAGCAGAGAGAAGGAAUGCAGAACUUAGGGCUUCCGAGGAGAAAAAACAUGCCGAAGAGAUUGCAUUCCUGAAAAAAACCAACUCACAGUUGAAGGCUCAACUGGAAGGUAUCAUCGCACCAAAGAAAUAAUUACUGCAAAACACUUUAGGUAACGAGAAGUCUUUAGCGCUACAAAAUUUCAUUUUAUUUCAAAAAUAAUCUAAGGAAAUGCAUUCGUUUUAAAAAAUAUUUUUAUUUCUGA